AUGCACACCCGGUAAAUGCACUCUGAAAGUUGCGCUAUUUUUCACAUGUUUCCUCAAAAUAUAAAUAGAUACAAAUAAAAUGUCAUCGAAGAAGAAGUCCACGAGAUCGGAGUGGAUCGCCUGCCAAAUAUGCGACAUCCUUGUCGGCAGCAGGGACUGGACAAAUCACAAGACGCAAUGUGCGAAAAUUCACCGGACAUGCCGGACACCGGGACAGAGUCCAAUGCCGUCGUCCAGCGCCGAUUCUCACGGUGGAAACUGCGACGAGACCGGGGCUGGCUUCGGGUCCGCGGGGGACGUACCAGACGAGCUUCCCACCCAUGGGUUCAUUAGAAAUGGUGUUCUGUUCGGAGAAGUGUGCUCGCAAGUUGAAAAAGGUAAUGAGAAGCUCCUGUCGUCCUGUCACUCCUUAAUGAUUCAUCUGAACCCAGACACAAUGAGGUUGUGUAACCUUUGCAUUGGCCGUCCUGUCCUCCUCACCACCUGCAGGUCAAAGGUCAGGCUGAUUGGAACCGCUUGGCCGGUAGCCAACUUUCCCUCUUCCAGUGUCGGGAUCAGCAACCACCUGCAAGAAGUGCAUAGGAUUGUGGGUAAUGAGCUGGUGGGUGUUGAAGCCGUUUGUGGAAGGAUGUUAUCGGCUGCGGAAGUGAAGCUGUAUUCUACGAAUGAUAGAAAGUUUCUUCAAAGUGCAGAGUUUAAACAAUACUUUCUAAGAGCAGUUGAAGGGAGGUGCGUACUUGCCGCCUCUUUGUUGAGCGUCAACUUCUACGGCAAGCCAGUCGUGACACAAAUCCUUCAAAUAACCCUGACCGACGGAACAGUCAUUGAUAUUGACCAACCACCGUACAGGACACAGCCUCGACUAAGUGAGCAAUCAGUGCUGAGGACUGCAGAUCCGGAGUCGAACUCAAGCGUCAUUUUACCUCAAAAUGUCGGGUGUAGUUUUCUGGAUGAUGGUUUGAGUCCAAGUCCGAAUCGUAGAACCAAUUCUCAACGCUCACCGUCUGAAAAUAUGAAAUGUGGAUAUAAAACCCCCAAUCGUUUAAGCACUUCAAAUAUUGUCAAUUUGUCAUACUCUCCGGUGAUAUCAACCUCUACUCCAAAGAAAACCAACUCCUCGAACUCCGGGAAAGACUCUGUCCAAGGCUUGUCAAAAUCCUUUCAAGAAUUACAUCUUGAAAAAUCUUCCAACUCGUCACUGAAAUCCUUCAACUCUCCAUUGAAACGAUCCGGCACAAGACAUCCAGACCUUGUCUUUAGUAACAUAAGUAUGAAGACGUCAUUAGUUUUUGCUAGCAAACUUGAUGAUGCUGCGGAUGCGAAGGAUGAGGAGGCUCAACAAGACUUAGUGACCUAUGAUAAGAUCGGAGGUUUGUCAAGGCAGCUGAAGACCAUUCGGGAGACGUUAGAGCUUCCACUGAGGAACCCGGAGUUCUUCAAAUCAUUAGGUGUUCCCCCACCCAGGGGAGUUCUAAUGUAUGGUCCCCCUGGGGUAGGGAAGACCAUGACUGCAAGGGCAGUGGCUAAUGAAGUAGGAGCACACGUCACCAUCAUUAACGGACCAGAAGUCAUGAGCAAAUACUAUGGGGAGUCUGAAGCCAGACUUCGGAACAUCUUCCAAGAGGCAGCGAAAAACGCCCCCAGUCUAAUCUUCAUUGACGAGCUGGAUGCUUUGUGUCCCCACCGGGAGAAAGUCCAGAGCGACUUGGAAAAAAGGAUCGUUGCUACUCUCCUGACUCUAAUGGAUGGUGUCGAUUCGAUGUUAACGAGGGGUCACCUGAUGGUGCUUGGAGCAACCAAUCGACCCGAUGCUAUCGACCCUGCUUUGAGACGACCCGGACGGUUUGACAGAGAGAUUGAAAUCGGAGUUCCAAAUGCUGUGGAGAGGGCUGAUAUUUUAACAAAAUGUCUUCAGCGUAUUCCACAUACCCUGACAGAGAGGGAUAUAGUCACAGUGGCAGACACAGCGCAUGGCUAUGUAGGGGCAGACUUAGCUGCAGUUUGCAAAGAAGCUGCAAUCCGUUGUUUUGAGAGACAGAAGGGAAGUCUUAUUGAUGCAGAGUUGAAGGAUGAUAUCUCGGUGUCUCCUCAAGACGUUGUGCUAGCUCUGAAGGGAGUCAAACCCAGCGCCAUGAGGGAAGUGGAGAUCAGAGUACCUAAGGUGUACUGGUCAGACAUCGGUGGUCAAGCCAGCAUCAAGCAGAAGCUCAAACAGGCCGUAGAGUGGCCGAUCAAACACCCAGAAGCCUUCCAGAGGAUGGGUAUCACUCCUCCAAGAGGUAUCUUGAUGUAUGGACCACCAGGGUGCUCUAAGACUCUCAUAGCCAAAGCACUGGCUACAGAGAGUGGACUUAACUUCAUUGCGGUCAAGGGUCCUGAGCUCUUCAAUAAAUGGGUUGGUGAAUCGGAGAGAGCUGUCCGUGAAGUAUUCCGUAAGGCUAGAUUGGCCUCUCCGGCAAUCAUCUUCUUUGAUGAAAUGGACGCCCUGGCUGUGGAAAGGGGAAGUUCAUCUGGAGGGAAUAGCGUUGCUGACAGGGUGCUGGGUCAGCUUCUGACUGAGAUUGAUGGCGUUGAGAAACUACAAGACGUGACCAUAGUAGCUGCAACCAACAGACCUGAUAUGAUUGACAAGGCGUUACUCCGACCGGGACGUCUAGAUCGCAUUCUCUACAUUUCUCUGCCCGACGCUCAGACUAGAGAGGAGAUUUUCCGAAUCCAGUUCCGAGGAAUGCCCAUCGCUCCCGAUGUGGAUGUGAACCUCCUGGUUGAGAGAACGGAGAGUUAUUCUGGGGCUGAGGUGGUGGCGGUUUGCCGCGAGGCCGGCCUCUCGGCCAUGCAGGAGGAUAUCGACGCAGACUGCAUUCACCCCCGCCAUUUCCUGCUGGCUCUUGAGACUGUUCAGCCGCGUACUUCGCCUCGGCUCACACAGUUCUACGAGGAGUAUGAACAUAAGAGUGGACUUCACAGUAUAUGAAGAGAAAACAAGUCAGUCGUAUUUUGCUUAUCGAGAGCAAAUCAUUAAUUCAAUAGCUUUAAACUUUUGUGGAUUUGCUUCAUAAUAUUCAUACGUUUAGCCACGUACUCUUCAUCAGCUUUGACAAAUGUAGGAGGAGUAUGCACGUAAGAGUGGACAAGAGAAAACGGAAUCAACCAUUUGUUUUCUCAUCAAGAGCAAAUAGUUCAUUCAAUAGUUUGCAACUUUUGUGUCACUUCUUCAUACUAAGCAAAGACAAAACAAACAGAGAUGAAAUAGUUCUGACUUUAAUCUGAAUUCAGACUUUUGAAAAUCUACCUGUUAAACCAAUAAAAGCUGUAUCUUUCUCACAAUGUUUUGCUCAAAUAGAGCAAAUAAUUCAUUCAAUAUUUUGCAACUUUUGUGGAACUGCUUCUUAAUAUUCAUACUUACAAAAAUCAUGGUUCUUUAAUUGGAAAUGUUCACUUGGAUCAGGGAUGGAGAAAUUUUAGACUUUUAUCUGAAUUUUAAAGUGUCCCUGGUAAACAAAAAUACUGUAUGUUCUCUAGAUUAAAAAAAGGCAUACUGUUUGAUCUACUUCUUUAACACUUGUGAUGUUGUUCUCAGAAGCUCCUGGUAAUCUUUAACUCCAGGGGUUUGAAAAGGUUGAAAGUACAUCAUUUCAAUGUAUAAGGGGAACAAUUUUCCAACUAUUUCCAGAAGUUCGGAUGUGUACAGAAAUUCUUCAUUAGUUUCUUAACAAAAUACUUUGUUCGUACACUGAAAAAUAAAUCAAAAUAACAACCCAAUUUAAUUUGUUACACAUUCUUUCUCAAUUAUUUCAGAAGUACUUAUUAUAGUUUGUUUUAAAUUCAACAUUACUAACAAAAAGUAUUAAAAUUCACAUUUUAAAUAGUGGUUUUAAAAUGUAUACAGCCUUAGGCCCUUUCCUUGCAACCUUUUUUCAAUUGAAUGCAAUAAAGCUUUGA